CCUCUGGUGUUUGUAUGAACAUCAUCAAUGCCCGGCAUCAGAAAAGUGGCCGUGGGACCAUCACAAACCCCAUUAGCUUCCUCAACCAAGACUACGAGCAGAUGAAACAGUACUGCCUCAGCCGACGAGUAAGGUACAUUGAUGAGAUGUUCCCCCCUGACAGUAACACCAUCGGCGAAGGGGUACUGACACCUUCUGACCUGGAACGUGUGGUGUGGCUGAGACCAGGGAAUAUAGUUUCCAAUCCAUCUUUUAUUGUCGAUGGAGUCUCCAGAUUUGACUUUGGUCAAGGCCUGAUUGGAAACUGCUGGUUCCUUGCAUCUAUCGGAGCUCUGACAUUCCAGGAUUCAAUAUUAAAGCAAGUUGUUCCUCUUGAACAAAGUUUUAAUGAGGACUACUGCGGGCUGUUCCACUUCAGGUUUUGGAGGUUUGGGAAAUGGAUGGAUGUUAUCAUUGAUGACAAGCUACCAACAGUUGAUGGCAGAUUAAUCUUCGUCCAAUCCAAAACUCCAACUGAGUUCUGGCCUGCUUUGCUGGAGAAAGCCUAUGCCAAGGUGUGUGGUUCAUACGCAGACAUGAAUGCUGGAACUCCUGCUGAGGCUUUGGUGGACUUCACUGGUGGUGUCCACAUGUGCAUCAACCUCACAGAACCUCCUCCGGACCUGUGGGAGCUGAUGAUGAGAGCUGGACAAAAGAAUUCCCUGAUGGGCUGUGGGACUCCUCAGGGGAAGACAUCUGCCAACAAUGUGCUGCCAAAUGGAUUGGUCCAAGGCCAUGCCUAUACUGUCACUGGUGUGAAACAGUUUAUGAGCCAAGGGAGACUCGUUAACCUGGUGCGUUUGUGGAACCCCUGGGGCCAAACAGAGUGGAACGGACAGUGGAGCGAUAAUUCGCAUUUGUGGCAAACUGUGAGUCUUCAGGAUCGUGAAAUGUGCCUUUCAGUGAAAGAUGAUGGAGAGUUUUGGAUGACACUGGAAGACUUCUGUGAGUUCUACAAUGAUCUUGACAUCUGCUGCCUGUGUCCAGACUUCCUUGAUGGAAGCUCCUCGUGCCAUUGGAAGUCGUCAUUCUAUGAGGGCAGAUGGGUUGCAGGAACCACGGCUGGAGGAUGCAUGCAGAACUUUGAAAAAUUCUCAACUAAUCCACAGUAUCGGAUCAAGGUCGGCAAAUUAUUCAGUGAGUGUUCAGAGAACCAGGGGGAAAAAAACUUUCUGAUGUCUCUCAUGCAAAUGCCCGACAAAAGGAACAGACGCCUGGUCGAAAAUCUCCACAUUGGACUCAACGUAUUUGAGGUGACUGAAGAAUACCAGGCACACAAAGGGAGGUUCCCAGCCUCUUUCUUCGGCAGAAACCAAGUUGUGGCCAAAACUAAAACCUACUUGAACGCACGUGAGGUGACGGAGUUCGUCAUGUUGAAGCCUGGUGAAUACCUGAUUGUGCCGUCCACCUACUAUCCCAAUGAGACGGCCUCCUUCAUCCUGACCAUCCUGUCCAAGGCUGAGACCGAAGUGCAUGAGGGUUCUGGAGGCCAUGACCAUGAACACAACAAAACAGAAGAGAAAACACCAGACCAAAAUGGAGUGGAUGACCAAAAUAAGAGACAAUUUUUCCGUCAAUACUCUGACAAGUAUGAAGAAGUGGAUGCUGACAUGCUCCAGACGAUUCUAAAUGACCGAAUCUUGAAAGGAGAUUUGAAAUCUGGAGGCUUCAGCAUCGAUGCCUGUCGCAGCAUGAUUUCUCUGAUGGACACGUCUAUCACGGGCAAACUGAAUGGCGAGGAAUUUCUCCGUCUGUGGAAGAAGGUCAUCCUGUACAAGGACAUUUUCACCCAAAAAGACGUUUCACUUACAGGAACACUGUCUCUGAAUGAGCUCAGGAAUGCUGUCAUGGCCUCAGGAAAGCGUGUCAGCGAUGACAUGCUGAAUUUGAUGGCUCUGCGCUACGGUGCCUCCUCUGGACACAUGACACUGGAGAGUUUCAUCAGCCUCAUCCUUCGCUUCGAAUGCAUGUCCCAAAUCUUCAAGCAGCUGUCUGAUGGAUCGGCCAUGACUCUUCGUGAAUCAGAGUGGAUGUACCUUUCCAUGUACACUUAAACUGACAGAGAAGAUGAGCUGCAGGACUCAUUUGGAACAACUGCAGCAGACAAUGUGCAAAUAGAAUAAAAGAACAAACAAAGUAGUUUCUUUUUCAAUUAAGCUGUUCUUUAUUUUUUGAACUACAGUGCCUUUCUUUCACUCCAUUGCAAUUCGAGUGGGAGAACAAAUGGGAUACACACAUAGUAAUGCUAUCAGAUACUCUGAAUUUUAUUAUUUUUACAAAUGCUACACUGAAAACUGGCAAAUAAAAGGUCUAAUCAUACACUGCGUGCAUCAUGGCUACACCCCUAGUCAAUGUACUAAUGUACAAUGUGCAUGUAUCACUGGUACCCAUGAAGCCAUAUCACUUCUCUAAUCUUCCACCUUUGUCUCUAUAUGAUUACUAUGUUGUUAACAGUGAAUGUUUACAUGGACAGCAAAGUUUCAAUAUUAAUCUGAUCAAGACAAUAGAAUAAGGCAUGUCAUAUAAAGAUAAAUUAUUGAUUACUUAACCUGAAUAAGUUCCUACUCAGAAUAAGCAAUAUUAAAAUCAAGAAAUGUGGAGAAUUCCAAGCUAAAUCAGGUCUUAAUAACAUUAUAAGGUCCUGUUGGAGUUUUCAGUGUAUUUCCUGACAUCGGCAUACGGCAGUAACCAACUGCUUGAUGACAUUUUUGCAUGGGUGUAAACAAGAUGCUAUUUCAAGUUUGGGUUUUAAAAGUGUUGGAUUGACAUUGGACAUAAUGGUUUAGUGGACAUAGUAAUGAGUCCUAACCAGACUGUUCUGUGAAAUGUAAACAGGAAUAGAAUUCUAUGAGCAACUCAUGUAAACAUUAUAUCAAAAUGAUUAAGGCACCUGACUCCCCCAACAUCUGCUCCCCGAGCGCCGUACAUGGUCGCUCACUGCUCUGUGUGUCCUGCACCAGAUGGGUUAAAGGCAGAGAUUACAUUUCCCUACCUGCAUGAGUGUGCCUUUGCAUGUCUGUGCAUGUGUUUGGGACUAAUACAGUAAAUGCAUCUUAAUCUUAAUCACCUUAUGUCUUAUUCUGUAUGAAGGUCAACAGGCGGAAUAUUGGUGUCCAUGUAAACAGUGUAAUUUCAUGAAUACGAUUCAGUAAUAUGUGUCCGACGCAGGGGGAAUUAGCCAAUGUUAUCAUGCUAGCGUGCUUAAAUAAGAUUGUGAGUAUGGUAAAUGUUAUACCUGCUAAUUAUCAGCUUCUUAGCAAUAAUGUUAGCAUACAGUAGUUAACACGUACUGUACAAUGCUACUGUGACUGUCAUGUCUUGUGAAAUCUUACAACUAGUCUCUUGGAUUGAAUAUAAUUAGAAUUGUUUUAUAUUUGGGGUAAUGCUCUUUCAGUUUUCAGAGGUAGUUCUUUCUUCCAAUAUUAUU